GACUCACUGUUUGCUCAAACAACGCUUUUUCUCCACAUGGCUCUGAACCUCCCCUGUUAAUUUCUCAUUCUAGUCCACAGCUGAUUUCUAGGGGAACAAGUUAAGAGCAGAGGGCCAUGGGGAACAAAAAGAGUUGGGAUGUGGAGCUCAAUGGGACUGUGAUUGUGCCAGAGACAAAGGCAAAGCCACGGAAGGGGGAGGAUGAGCUAGAAGAAAGAGGCCAGUGGACCAACAAAGUAGAAUAUGUGCUUUCUGUGGCUGGAGAGAUCAUCGGUCUGGGAAACGUUUGGCGAUUUCCUUAUCUCUGCUACAAGAAUGGAGGUGGGGCCUUCUUAAUUCCAUAUGCCAUCUUUCUCUUUAUCUGUGGAAUUCCAGUCUUCCUCUUGGAGACAGCCUUGGGACAAUAUACCAGUCAAGGAGGAAUCACUGCCUGGAGAAAGAUCUGUCCUAUCUUUGAAGGAAUUGGAUAUGCUUCACAAGUGAUUGAAUCUUAUCUGAAUAUUUAUUACAUUGUCAUUCUGUCUUGGGCCCUAUUUUACCUCUUUAACUCCUUCUCAGCUGUAUUACCCUGGUCCAAUUGCAAUAAUUACUGGAACUCAGAAUACUGUGUGGAUGUUCUGAAUGUCUCUGAUCCUGGGAAUAACACUAAUGCCACCUCUCCAGUUAUCGAGUUUUGGGAGAGACGAACGCUGAAAAUAACAGAAGGUCUUCACAACCUGGGCACUGUGCGCUGGGAGUUGGCCCUCUGCCUCUUGCUGGCCUGGAUCAUCUGCUAUUUCUGCAUCUGGAAAGGAGUCAAGUCCACUGGCAAAGUAGUCUACUUCACUGCUACUUUCCCUUACCUAAUGUUGAUCGUGCUGCUAAUUCGAGGAGUCACACUCCCUGGGGCUUUAGAUGGAAUUAUAUUCUACUUAAACCCAGACAUUUCCAGAUUGGCUGAUCCUCAGGUAUGGAUGGAUGCAGGCACUCAGAUCUUCUUUUCUUAUGCCAUAUGCCAAGGAUGCUUGACAGCUCUUGGCAGCUACAACAAAUAUAACAACAAUUGUUACAGAGAUUCCUUCAUGCUUUGUUUCCUGAACAGUGCCACAAGCUUUGUGGCGGGAUUUGCCAUCUUCUCUGUUUUGGGCUUCAUGGCACAGGAACAAGGUGUCCCCAUUUCAAAAGUGGCUGAAUCAGGUCCUGGCCUAGCAUUUAUUGCUUAUCCCAAAGCAGUAACCAUGAUGCCUAUAUCCCAGCUGUGGGCCUGUUUGUUCUUCCUUAUGUUGAUCUUCUUGGGGCUGGACAGUCAAUUUGUCUGUGUUGAGAGCUUAGUGACUGCCAUUGUUGACUUGUUCCCGGAAGUCUUCCGUAAGAAAGGACGUAGGGAGCUGCUGAUCCUGGGCAUUGCUGUGAUCUGCUAUCUCAUUGGCUUGCUGCUGGUCACAGAGGGCGGGAUGUACAUAUUCCAGCUGUUUGAUUAUUAUGCAGCCAGUGGAACGUGCCUUCUCUUUCUUGCCAUCUUUGAAGUCAUCUGCAUUGCGUGGGUUUACGGAGCUGAUCGUUUUUCUGACAAUAUUGAAGAUAUGAUUGGCUACAAACCCUGGCCCCUGAUUAAAUACUGCUGGCUCUACCUCACACCUGGUCUUUGUCUGGCUACCUUCCUGUUUUCACUCAUUAGAUACCAACCCCUCAAAUACAACAAUGUUUAUGAAUAUCCUCCGUGGGGGAUUGCAGUGGGUUGGGUGUUGGCGUUGUCUUCUAUGAUCUGCAUACCAUCUUAUAUUAUAUUCAGCUUCCUGAGAACCAAAGGAUCUUUCAAAGAGCGCAUAUGCCAACUCACUGCUCCAUCCGAAGACUUGCCCCAGCCAAAGAAGCAUCUGAUUGGCAGUUCUCAGUGGGAAUGUUCUGAAGUGGGAUCCCAGCAGCCAAUCAAGGAAGUACUUGGCAAGACGGGGAAGGAAACCAACUUCUAGAGCUUUCUGACAUUCUGGAAGAGUCUCUCCAUGUUUCUGAAGACUUCUGCUUAUAUCCAGGCUGAGUUUCCUCCGAGGUCUUCCUUAUUCUCUUCAGAUGUCAGUAAUGCUUAAGAACUGAUCAUGGGAUGGAAAAGAACCAACCCUUGUUUUACCAUGAGUAAAAGAGCAGCAGCAAAAUCAUCGCGGUGGGGAUCAUGGCUCAAGAUCUCCAUGAAACCCUUCUCGUUGACAUUGUUGGAGAAUGGAGUAUCACUUUGUGCAUGCUGCAUAUACAUCUAUGAUCUAUCAUCUUGAACUGUGUUGUGUUCUAUUUGCAAGAAUUAAAUACGCAGCACAAUCAGGUUACCUGAAAACCAUCUGUUGAAGAUGGUCAAGCAGAGUCAUCAUUUCUUUAAUCAUUCUUCUACUGCUACCUCCACUCUUUGAUGCAAUGUUAACAAUUCUGUGAAAAAUCCCUAAUCCAGGAACCUCUGAGAUUAGCCAAAUUUGUACUCAUGUGACAGCAGGAUGAAUGCGUCUUGGACGAAUUUGAUGGAUUACUUUUUUUUCUAUUGUUCUCAAUGGUUUACAUAAAUCUGCUACAGGUGAGGGCCUCUUUCAACGAACAUCAUACCAAUCUAUUUGGAGUUUCUAAAUUAAGAUUGAUUGAACAGUCUCUCCCACUGGUGACAGCCCAGAGGAGGGAAAAGUGGCAAAUUGGAAGCAAAAUAAUUUUGUGAGAUACUUCCUUCACAUUCUCUCCCUUAUCUUUUGGAGAAAAGAUUGGCACUGAAAGGCUGACAGUCUUUCAGGAUGAAUAUACCUCAACUGACAGUGCUCUAUGUGAUGUUUUUGAGUUGUUGGAAAACUAAGGGGGAAAAGUGACUCAAGUGGGAACUGCUGCAAAAAGGAAAUACCCAAAUUGCCUUAGUGUUUGUGGGAAGCAGUAAGAAAUAACCAACUUGAGAAUGAGCCACUCCUGGACAAGUAUCUUGGCACAGCGAUGCAAAAACUUGCAUAUGAUCAAUAACACAAAAGUAACAAAAUAAGAAAUGCAAUUUACAAUCAGCCAGGAGAACGAGAGUUGUGCAGAGCUAGCUGGUUUGCCUGCCUGUAUUUCCUAUGUAACUGCUCUUUUUUAAAAAGACAAUUUAAUAUACUCUUAUGCAGCAUGAAUGUCCUCAGAAUUUCUCCCAUAGCACUUAGUACUCCUACAAAUUGACAGAAUUCUUUGUUUCUUUGCAUCUGUUUUCAGAAAUGCCCUGUAUCCCAAGCAAUGCAGUUUUCAAGAAAUUGUAUAUACAAUUGAAGUCAUUGUCCCUUGCUGUGAUAGUGCUUGUGAAUUUGACUUUUCCGCAGAGGCAUUUCUGUAAAAUAUAAAAAGUUAAAACGGUGGCCAUAAUUGUAUAAUUAAAGCCUUGCCCCCCCCCCCUGCUUUUUUUUUGCAGGAGUUGCACCAGUGAUGCAUAUAAAAAAGGGGUAGGGCUUGUAGUCCCCAUUUGGAUUGCCACUAACAGCCCUGCUUCCAACCUACCUUUAAAUAACAUUGCCCAAAGCAGGAAAUUUUCUAUUGUUACUAGGUUGCAUGAUGCUAUUUCAGACUGCAGUAGAAAAUGUUUAAGGUUUAUUUGAGAUGAAGAUUAAAUGUUAUAUUCAUUUAUCUGAGAGCAAGUACAUAGUACAGGUUAGGGGUGUCAAACUGGUGGACCAUGGGUCGGAUGCACCAAGUGUAGCCCAUGCCCUAUGUCACAAAAUGUUGGGCAUGGCCUACGUGCAAAACAUCACAUGACGCAGCGAGUUUGACACCCGUAGCACAGGUAGUCCUUGACUUGCAACCACAAUUGAGCCCAAAAUUUCAUGUUGCUAAGUGAAACAUUUGUUAAGUAAGUUUUGCCCCAUUUUACAUCUUUUCUUGCCACCGUUGAUCAGUGAAUCACUGCCAUUGUUAAGUUGGUAACACAGUUGUUAAAUGAAUCGGGCUUCCCCAUUGUCUUUUGCUUGUCAGAAGAUUACAAAAUGAGAUCAUGUGAUCCCGGGACAGUGCAGCUGUCAUAACUAUGAGUCUGUGGUGAAGUGCCUGAGCAUUGAUCACGUGACCAUGGGAAUGCUGCAAUGGUUGUAAGUGUGGGAAACUGUCGUAAGUCACUUUUUUCAGUGCCGUUGCAACUUUGAAUGGUCACUGAAUGAAUGCUUGUAAAUUGAGGAUUACCUUCCCUUGAA